AUGCAGUGGAUAAACCAUUGAUUGGGAUCAACAGUCUAGUUACUAAAGCUCAUGCUGCAAUUCGUCAUUUUGCCGGUAGAUGACCACAGAUCUCAGACUCAUUUUGACGUUGCCUCUAAAUUCCACUCCCAACAUUUGGGAUUGAGAAUUGCCCCAGCUAUUUUUAGGCUGGCUUCGUUUACAAACCAUGCAGAAAUAUGAGAAGCUUGAGAAAAUCGGAGAGGGCACAUAUGGAACUGUCUUUAAGGCAAAGAAUCGUGAGACUCAUGAGAUAGUGGCCCUGAAAAGAGUCAGGCUGGACGAUGACGAUGAGGGCGUCCCAAGCUCAGCAUUACGAGAAAUAUGUCUGCUGAAAGAACUGAAGCAUAAAAACAUUGUCAGGUUGCAUGACGUCCUUCACAGUGAUAAGAAGCUUACUUUAGUUUUUGAAUACUGUGAUCAGGACUUAAAGAAGUAUUUUGAUAGCUGCAAUGGUGACUUGGAUCCAGAGAUUGUAAAGUCAUUCAUGUACCAGUUACUAAAGGGGCUAGCCUUCUGCCACAGUCGGAAUGUGCUGCACAGAGACCUGAAGCCACAGAAUUUGCUCAUUAACAGGAAUGGAGAACUGAAGUUAGCGGACUUUGGCUUGGCCCGAGCCUUUGGGAUUCCAGUGCGAUGUUACUCUGCAGAAGUGGUGACGUUAUGGUACAGACCACCAGAUGUGCUGUUUGGUGCUAAGCUUUACUCUACCUCUAUUGACAUGUGGUCAGCCGGAUGCAUAUUUGCAGAGUUGGCUAAUGCUGGAAGACCCCUAUUCCCUGGUAAUGACGUUGAUGACCAGUUGAAGAGGAUCUUCAGGUUGCUGGGGACACCAACAGAGGAACAGUGGCAGACAAUGACCAAACUACCAGACUAUAAGCCGUAUCCCAUGUACCCUGCCACUACAUCUCUGGUGAAUGUUGUCCCUAAACUAAGUAGCACUGGACGGGACCUGCUCCAGAAUCUUUUGAAGUGCAACCCAGUUCAGCGAAUCUCAGCCGAAGAGGCCUUGCAGCACCCGUACUUCGCUGACUUCUGCCCGCCAUAGGUGCCAAGCCCACCGAGCCACAGUCAACAAUCUGGAUCAGUACUGUCACUCCCGCGGGGGGGAUUUCACAAAACAGAUUCACUGGAUCUGCCGGCUACAAAAGACUUUUCUCUCACCAUACUGUCCUGUUCUGUACUGUCCAAACUAAGCUCAUAGCCUAACCAGUGCAUACCACAAAUACCACCAAAAUGUAACCUUUUUGACAACAGCAGGUCACUUGUGGUGCCUGUUGAAAAUCAAGUGAAUACAAGUGACUCUGACCUGCACAGUACACAAGCUGUUCUGUUUUGUGAAAUACUCUUCUGCUCUGCUGUAGGACCCUUGUCUACUGUAGUUCCUCCUUCCUGUCUAGACUUUGCCUCUGAACCCAACUUCAUUUGACAUAAUGGGACUGAAGUCAGUCCCUGUGCAGGUAUGUCUGUGUGCUGUCUGUUUAGCCAUUACACACACUACUACACACAAGAACCAACCAUGUGUUUUAGUUUCUGUAGCGUUCCACAAAUCCAGAACCGUCUGAGCCACUUGCCAAAUUUCUUUAGCACUGUCUGACCUCUCUGAGCAUUUGGAGAAUUCUGCAGCGUCUGUCCUUAACUGCCUUGUUGAGGUACAUGCACAUUUCGAGUACAGUUCUAAAUGACAUGGCAUUGUGCGUUCAUCAUAUAGACCACAGCAUUUCACCAGUGGAUUGAUAACUGACUAACAGUGUGAGCUUCUGCUGUUGCAAGAAUGCUGAGUAUCAUGGAAAAAGCCUGAUUGAUCAAAUUUUAUGUUUGAUCAAAUGGUUGGGAACUACAAAUGAUCUGUAUAGUUUUGUUUAUUUUUGCACUUGAAGCAAGGUCAAAACAAUCAGUGUCGGCCAGACAGACUUGCAUCUUUUUCAAUGAUUAGUGAUAAUAGUUAUGCCACCAGCUAACUUUCAUAGAAGAUUUUAAGGUGAAGUGGACGUAUUUAUACGUAUAACUGCUGGGCUUUUCUGUUACUGCUUUUGAACAUCUUUCUCAUUUCAGUGCACUUUGUAGUUUAGUAGUGGAUGACAGGUGAUAAGGUCAUCUUUCUCUCAACAUUCAUUUGGAGUUAAACCUCUUGAGCAACCAUUUCCUGCAUACUACAGCAAAUGGCAUUGUUUAUGAAAAGUGGACCAGACCUAUGAGUCAGUUCUUAAUGUUUUAUUUGUAGUUUAGGUUAUUAUUUUUUAUUAACAAGAAGUUUUGAUGUUUUUCUUGUAAUAUUGGCUUUGCCUAAUUUUGCAGUUAAUAUACGAUUCCUCUCAAACACCGGUUCAUCUUGGCUUUUGUAUUAUCUUAAAUGAAGCUAGGAAAUAUAACACAUUCAACUGCAAUGAUUUUUUUUGUUAUCCUCAAUUUCUUUUUUGUAAAGACCACAUCAUUUUAGAUUUUUAUGUCAACACAAUAUUUUAGAAUGCAUGUAUUUAUUUAUAAUUGAAUGUUCGUGUGUUGGCAUUAAACAUUUUGUUUCCAGUACAACAGAAUGUCACUUUUUUGACUUGGUAGCAUUUCUCUGCUUUGAAUGAUGGGGUGCAACAUCUUUUGCUCCACCUUGUAUUUUGUGACUGUAUGAUAUAUUUUCAUUGAUUUACAACUGAAAAUAAACUGGUGGAGCACAAUAA